AUGGCAAAACUGAGCAACAUAGAGCAGACGCAGCUCAUCUUAGCCCGAUUGAUGGAAGGUGGUCAGGAAGAUGACGAUACUUGUCGUGAACUUGAUCGCCUUACCAAAAUGCUAAACGACGAUACUAAAGCUAAAAACAAAAGCCAAUCUAUCUGCGAAGUCAUCGAUGAUGUAUGUGUCGAUACUAUACUUGGUUAUCUCGACAUGAGACAAGCUGAUUCGGUCCGUGGUCACGCCGUCUUGAGCGCUUCAGCGUAUCUUAAAGCGGCCGGGGAGAAAGGGAACGAGGCUCUUCGCAAGUUCUUUUUCGAUCGAGUCCAAAGAGGGACUUAUGACGACUAUAUCGUCGCCUUUUGUGUCGCCGCCGCUAUAUUUCCUAUCGCCUCAGACGUAACGGCUGACAUAUUCCUCAGCGAAGGCUUUUUACCCACCUUGGACCCCUUGAUGCGACGAAAAUGGAAAAGCAGAAAGGUCGAGACGGCAUGUCUGGAAAUGCUCAACGCUGCUUCCAUGAAUUCGUCGUGCCGCGAAGCUAUUAAUAAGUACUGCGCUGACUGGCUGGAAGAGGUUGUUGACCAAGAUCCGAACGAAUUAGCCAGGGCCAUCUACACGACAGACCCUCAGAUUCAGGUCUCAGAAGGUUCGAUUGCCAUGAGGAGACACUCCGUAGCAGUUCAAAAUUUGGCCGCGGUUAUCUUGGCGAAAUUGAGGGUAGGCACCCUAAAGCUUCCGCUCGCGUCACCGCCCGCAUUCGAGCAUCUUCAUUGGGCUGACCUGGGGCUUCAGGCAGUGCCAUCGUCGGCGCAACAAACGGCAGAAGGAUCCGAGAGUAGAAUACAGCAAGCGAACACCAGUAUUGAGGACCUAUCUAAGAUGUUCAGUACGAUGAUACUGAAGGACCCGGAGAGUGACAAGCGACAUUCGGUGGAGGGCUUAGCCUACGCAACAAUCCAACCUGGAAUCAAGGAAGAAGUCGCACAUAACACCGAGCUUUUGAAGGCUCUGGUCAAGAUUUUAGGUGAUGCUCCUGCAAAAUCACCACUUACUUACGGAGCUUUAAGCAUAUUUGUGAAUUUAACUCGCUAUCAACCAGUGCAAUCUGAGGAGGAGAAGAAAAUGACUCAGCUGAAAGCCUACGCCAAUGCUGUUGGAAAGCUGGGAGCACCAAACCCAUUGAACAAUGACAACCACGUCACAGAGCGGUGUAUACAAGUUUUUAAAGCCGGUAUUGUACCCGUUCUAGUAACACAUAGUAGGCACGGUUCGGUUGCCUCGCUUAACCUCAUCGUAUCGAUUAUCUCUGCAUUGUCAGUUACAACCACCUUGCGGGGCCAACUAUCGCAGCAAGGAGCUGUUAACCUUCUUAUUGCGGCCGCCUCGGCUCUACCAGAUUCCGAAUCGCAAGCCAAACGAACAGCAGCCCAGGCACUCGCUCGUAUACUAAUCAGCACGAAUCCCGCUCUCGUUUUCGGCGGUACGCGCGCUCGUCCACAGAACUCGGCAAUCCGGCCGCUCAUUUAUAUACUCACUCCUGACCCUACAACCGAAACUCGAGAUCUCCUGCCGACGUUCGAGGCAUUGAUGGCGCUUACUAAUUUAGCAUCUACGGACGACGAUACACGGGUGACAAUUAUCCGUAACGCAUGGCCAGAGAUCGAGGAGUUGAUGCUAUCGUCCAACAAUCGGGUUUCUAAAGCUGCUGUGGAAUUAAUAUGCAACCUAGUGCAGUCCGUUGAGGGUAUUACUCAGUACGCUGACAAUAGCCCACAAGCUGCUAAUCGACUACACAUUCUACUCGCACUUGCAGAUGCAGAAGAUGAAGGAACGAGGAGCGCCGCCGGUGGUGCUUUGGCCUCUCUCACGGCAUAUGACGCCGUUGUAACCGGUAUUCUCAAAAGGACGCGCGGGGUCGAAGUAGUCCUGGGUUUGUGCGGUGAGAAGAGCGAAGAUCUACGGCAUCGAGGUGCAUUUGUUGUGUAUAAUAUGGUUGCGUGCGAGGGAGAAGCAGGUAAGGCGGCACGGAAGGAGAUCAGGGAGAAGAACGGAAUUGAGGUUUUGAAGGAGUGUACGAAGAGUAGCCGGAGAGCCGAAGUUGUCGAGGUCACGGUUCAGGCUCUAAAGGUCUUACUUGAGCAACAGGAUUAA